AAAUCGGAGCACAGAGCCGCGCGUAUUGACUCGGAACAGCGAUCGCAGCUGGCCAGCGACUCGCAAACUCGGUUGGUAGUUACAUCUACCGGAUACGGCAAAUAUCGAGGGAUGGAGUGAGCUGAUGGCGACGCUAUGGCUCGUGCUCCACCUGAUCCCACUUUGCUGGGCGGCCAGCAACGAGGCCAACAGUCGGAUUGUGGGCGGUGUACCGGUGGACAUUGCUAGUGUGCCCUACUUAGUGAACCUGCGCAUCAGUGGGAACUUUAUAUGCGGCGGUUCAUUGGUUACCCCACAGCAUGUCGUCACCGCGGCCCACUGCGUCAAGGGAGUCGGCGCCUCUCGUAUCCUAGUCGUCGCCGGGGCAACGAGACUUACGGAGACGGGUGUAAGAAGUGGUGUGGACAAGGUUUAUACCCCAAAGGCUUACAACACCCGCACCCUUGCCAUGGACGUGGCUGUAUUGAAACUAAAAGCUCCCAUCAGCGGUCCCAAAGUGUCCACAAUCGAGCUGUGUAAUGCUAGCUUUAAAGCUGGUGAUCUGAUCAAGGUCUCCGGCUGGGGAAAAAUUACGGAACGGACCAAGGCAGUGUCAAUGCAGGUGCGCAGCGUGGAUGUGGCGCUCAUUCCCCGUAAGACCUGCAUGAGUCAGUAUAAGCUGCGCGGAACCAUCACGAACACCAUGUUUUGCGCCUCAGUGCCGGGCGUCAAGGAUUCCUGCGAAGGGGACUCCGGAGGACCUGCCGUCUAUCAGGGUCAACUAUGCGGAAUUGUUUCGUGGGGCGUUGGAUGUGCACGAAAAAGUUCACCGGGAGUCUAUACCAAUGUCAAGACUGUUAGGAGCUUUAUCGACAAGGCUUUGGGCAUGUGAAACCAAUUAGUACAGUUUGUAGAUGCUUAGCUUAAGUCGAAUAAGGACUAAAAUUCAUAAUCAAAUUAAAAUUUAAAGUUUUCCACUAAUAUAAGUUCCA